GAGCUUCCCGCUCAACUACAAGAAUUGACUCGGCUGUUCAAGGCCUUCCUCACAAGCACAUCAUUAUAUUGCGCCCACAAUGGCCUCGGCACUCCAAUGUACAUCAAUAACCUAUUACCACAUGUCACAAGGAGUUGGAAGACAAGAGCUGUAACAGAGAGCGACAUGCACACAAUCCUCGGUAUCCUUGGGAAGAACAACACCUUUGAGUUGGCAGACAACGGAGAAGGAAGCCUCUGCAUCGAGCUUCUAGAAACAAACAAUUCCACAACCGGCCACUUCAAUCAGCCCGAGCUCAUCCAAAUCUUUCAAACCCGUCUGACAGCAUUCUGGAAUCAAUGGGUGUCCUCAUCACCAACCGCCCGCUCAAACAUUCAAGGCUUCCUCUCCCAAUUGCCUACCUGCGAAAUUAUCACCAGCCAAGUCGCACCCAGCACCACCGCAAACCUCACCAAAGGCUCAGAACGCCUCCAAGACCUCAAAGCCGCUUCAAUCGCUGCACGCGCUGCAGAAGCCUCCGCUAGAAGACCUACCGUCCAAUCUUCUGACAAAUCCGCCGCUGCAGUCGCAAGCCGCGGUGCCAAUCUCCUUGACCGCAUCCUCGCCAAACAAGCCGCAAACGCCAACAAAGCAUCUGGCCCCUCCUCUGCCCAUCUCGCUCGUCUAUCUGCCAUAGAUCGCAUCGCCGACAUCGUAGAAGUCCUUGACGUCCUUGCCAAUGGCCGUGCCCGCGCAAGUUUCUCCACCAAAAUUUUGAUUUCGCAUUUGCAGAAUUCAUUGCGCAAUCCUAUUUCUGAUGAUGAGGGAGCUAAGUGUUUGGAGAUUAUGGCUAAGGAGGUUACACCGCUGUUUGUCAAGAUUGUGAGGGCGGGGAGUGUGGAUGCUGUUGUUAUCACUCGGGGUGGUAAACCU